AAAAUCUAAUUAAAUUAAGCAGCUUCGUCGGUUUUUGUAAACCCCUUAUUUCUGACCGGAACAUUAACAAUUAUCUAGCUUAUUGUAUCGUCAAUUAAUUAUCAUCCAUAAAUGGCAACCACAGUCGCCACAGAUGAUGAAAAUUCUAGUGAAUUCAUGAGUGUUGGUCGCUUUGGUUUAGGAGUUUCUGUUCUUUAUCAGUAUCAAGGUUUUUGGGCUUUUGCUGAAGCAUUAGAAAAUGUAAAGGAUUUUCAACAAAAUUUUAAAGCUUUGGAUACUGAUAUAAUACUAGCCUCAGUACCCAAAUCUGGCACCGUUUGGUUGAAAGCAUUGGCCUUCGCCAUCGUGAACCGAUAUGGUCACCCUAUUUUUUCUUCUUCCCAUCACCACCCAUUGCUCACGAUUACACCUCAUGAUCUUGUUCCUUUCGUAGACUUUAAACACGUUUAUCCAUCUUGUAGUGUCCUUGAUUUCACUAAAAAUAGUAGCCAGCAUACCGAUCAUUAUGACUCUCCAUGCAGACUUAUAGCUACCCAUUUCCCUUACCCUUCUUUACCUGCAUCCAUUAAGGAUAAUACUACAAAUUGCAAGAUUGUAUAUAUAUGUAGAAAUCCACUGGAUACCUUCAUCUCUUUGUGGCAUUUUAUCAACAAAAUCAGGACAAUGCCGGAGAGCAAUGAAAGUACUAUCCCACCGCGAAACAAGAAAGAGAGUACCCCUUUGUUGAUUGAAGACGCUUUCGAGUUUUUUUGCGAUGGAGUUUCAGAGUUUGGUCCAUACUGGGAUCAUGUUCUUGGAUAUUGGAAAGCGAGCUUAGAGAAGCCUCAUAAAGUAUUGUUUCUGAAGUAUGAAGAUUUGAAGAAAGAACCGGAACCUCAAUUGAAGAACCUCGCAGAAUUCUUAGGUUAUGGUUUCUCUGAAGAGGAAGAGAGUCAAGGAGUGAUCAAGGAUAUAUUAAGUUUAUGCAGUUUUCAACACUUGAAGAAUUUGGAUGUGAAUAAAAAUGGAAUGGCUUUUAGUAACUUUGUGGCGAACAAAGACUUUUUCAGGAAAGGUGAGGUUGGUGACUGGAAGAAUUACUUGACACCAGUAAUGGUAGAACGACUUGCUCAUCUCACGGAAGAUAAGUUUCGUGGAUCAGGACUAGCGUUCCAAAACUUUAUUCCUUGAGAUAUUCGUGUUAUUGUAUUAUCCAUGGUCCAUCAUGAUCUGUACGCAUUGCAAGUUGCAACUGCUUGUGAUUCUUAGUUUGCUUUGGUUAUUCUCUUUGGUUUUACGUUGUGGGUCUCUAAGGAUUAUCUAUAAUCACGUUUUCUCAGCAUUUCGUAUUGUUGCAGUAAAAUUUGGAACUUUUAAACUGAGAAAGAAGUCACACAUCUAAUUUUAUUUCAGUGCAAUCAAGAUUCAUUUUGUUUGAGAAA